AUGUCUCUAACGUAUUUGCAUUUCAGGACACCAAAAAACCAACCAAAGAAAAGCACUGAGUCGUUUGAUGUCUAUGGGCAUCGUCACAUUAACCAGGAAUUCCUACGACUGGUGUAUAACAUUCUAAAGCAACUACUUCCAACAGUGCAAUACGACCUCUACGAAGACGUGGAUGGAGAAAAAUCAGAUUCACUGGUUCCUGAAGAAUCUCCUUUGCUUCCUGGCCCGGUAAAAAUGCAUCGAAAAGCAGACACUUCAGAUGAAAACUCAGUUUUGAUCAAAAAUCAUUUCAGCCGUGAAGACUUUCAGGAUUUGCCAACAGAAAUCGAUCUGGAUCUGAAGUAUUCUGAUCACGCCGUCAUUGAUAAGAGCAAGGGAUUGAUCACGGACAGCCACUUUAACUUUACCCAACAACUGAAUCUUGGGGAACCAAUACACAACAAGGGCGGUGUUAAAGUUUCUUUGAUGAAAGUGACCCUAACGAGCCAUAUUUCGCUUGUCGAUGGCGAAUUUAAAAACCUCGUGGACACCGAAAAAGUUAGCUUUCCAUUUUUCGUGAAACUAGUUGUUCCAAAAAACAAGGCUACCUUUGCUCUUCACGAUAGGCCCAGUGGAGUUUUAAAUUCCAGUCAAACGCCGUCCCCGAGUCGAUCACGUAGAGCCACCGGUUACGUCCCUUGGCGAGAAGUGGGUUCGUCUAAUUUCGAUUUUGAGCGUCCAUUUGCUUUGUUUGAGAAAAAAAUGGUUGGGAUUGCUAUUAAAGGAGAGGGAAUGAUAUGGAUACAUGACGAGGAGGACAUGGAAAUAGGAGUCAGUUUUGGUCUUUCAAUCGCAGGCAGGACUCUACCUGAUAUAAUUUACCGGAGGUACCGAAGAAGUGAAAUGGAGGAUGGACAAAGCGGCAAGAUAGAGCAUCGGUGGAGCAAAGCAUUAGUAAGUAUUUCUGCUCACUAAAAUAUAAGAAAUGCUAUUAGUUAGUGUCUUUGAAAUGAAUGAUCCGCGCGCGUUUGUAUGUCAACUCACUUUAAGUGUCCCAAGAAUAAAUUACUUGAGUUACUGAUCAUCAGAUACUUUUAUAAACGACAGGGGUGUCAAUGAGGACCACUAGCCGGCCAAAACCGCCAGCUAGUUAGCCAUCCUUAGCCGGCUACUUUCAUCUCCUUCUACCAUAACUGCUAACAAAAAUAAGCAGCAUCGAAUAAAAUUGUAAAGCAUCCGUUUCCCAGUUUUUAAUGACUUUGAACGCAUAUUAAACAUUCGAACGAUGCGAUGUCGUGGAUUCGACGGCAUUGUUCCCAGUCUUGCGUGUAUUCUAACGAAACAACAUGGCGACCGCGGCGGAAAAUACCUCUUGAAAACCUCUGGAAACGCCAUUUCCGAGACUCUAAUUUUCCAAAUGUCCCUAGAUGCCUCGGCCCUCAAAAAACUUGUACCUUUCGCGCGAGUUCCAAAGCCGCGUACUAUUCAUUAUCUGCCUGCUACUUAAAAACUUACUGAAAGGCCCUGAAACGAUCGUUUCAAAAAUAUAAUUCAUUGUUUUGGAGCCCUUGUGUUCACAAUACUGAAUGGGGUAAAACAAGUCGUUUGGAUUCCAGAACUAAUGGCGGAAUCUUCACUUCCGUAUGAAAGCUAGUCACACCCGCUACUCAUUAUUGUUAAACCAUGCUCUUGCAAAGAAUGAUCCAAGCUCUCUAAACAUGCCAUACAAAACGUUUGAAACGAGUAAUUGCCGCCCCCUGCUAAAAACGUUAAAAACGUUAAAACUUAAUAUCCAAUGCCUUCAUUCCUUCUUUUUUCUAUGCAGUCCAUUUCUGUUCCUGUUCUCAUCUUGAGAAUUGGAGUGGAGUUUAGCCUCAGUUUUGAAGUGAGUAGUCAGCUUCGUUUUCCUUGGGAUCAGAACUCAGUCAAUCCUGUCAGGCUAACCGCAGAGGUAAAUAUUUUAUGAUUUCGCUACUCCCCGUCGAAUGUGGUGCUAAAAAACAAAACCUUUAGCGCUUCGCUCUGAAGAAAGGAUUAGCACUCUAAGCGCAUGCACAUCCUCUUCUUUUUAGCUAUAGUGCAAUUCCAAGGGACACUGUUCAAAAUACAGUCCAACCUCCAUGUGCGACCACCUCUCGUAAGCGACUACCUCCCAUAAACAAUUAUCCAAAACACAAAAAAUUUUCCCACUCAAACCCUUAAAGUUGGAACCUCUCGUCAACGAACACCUCUCGUAAGCGACCGCGGCCAUUUUUUAGAAUGACUGUUUUGGAAUUUUCCAUUGUUUUAACUUCUUCUAAGCUACCAUCGACACAAUGUACUACGCUACGCAGGGCAUAAGAAGAACUCUAGAAACAAAAUGGAGUUACAGAGAUAUAUCGUGCUCCAAAAAUUUCGCGCAAUACAUUCUCUCCAAAAAGUAGAUGUGUCCGAACUUCUCCUCGUGAAAGACCUAAUGCAGUUCGACUCUCGUUUUAGGUAGUCACUUACGUGAGGUUCGACGGUAUAAAAAGGGUUUUUCUCCUUUAUUGCUCCUCCCUUUUACUUCCCCUGCACAUUAAUUAUCACUGAAUAUCCGGUUUUAGUAAAAUCCAACUAGUGGUCUAUUAUCAAUGCUGCGUUCUGAUUGGUAGAGCCACUACUAAGCCAUAUGUUAUAGCCCACUAGUAGCGAAAAGCGCCGGCCUUUUGGCGGCAAAAAAGCAUUAAAGUCCAGCUUUAAGAAGCUAAAAUUUUUUUAUCCUCGAUUUUUUUUGACCAACUAGUUGGAUUUUAUUAAAACAAUUAUUCCUCUCGUCCUCAUGGCCUCUGAGUCAAUAGCCCAUUCGGCCUUCGGCCUCAUGGGCUAUUGAUUCAGAGCCCAUUCGGGCUCGAGGUAUAAUUGUUAAGUAUUCUCUGGCUGCCAUAAUCGUUAUAGAAGCAGUUAAGGUUAUCUUUCAAUAACAAAAUUUUGUAACCGUUUCAUUAUUAGAUUGAUCCUUCAGCCGAAGUCACAGCAAGCAUUGAAGGAUACGUGUCAGCAUACUUUAACCGCGGAGGUGCAUACGGAGAUGGCACAUUAGUUCGCGUUGGUCUACCUGUGAUGCUAUCCUAUCGUGACAACCGUGACCCUGGGAACAAGUGGUGUGUAGACCUGUCCGUCCGCCUGACCGCUCUGGAGCUGAGUGCCGGCCUUUUCUAUCAAUGGCGGCAUUGGUGGCACUGGGGUACAAGGCAUACCCUGUAUGAGUUUGGUAAAUGGUAUGCCAUACAGCGCAACUGGAAGGAGCUAGAGAGAUGCAGUUAA